CAUAUCUUCCAAAAGUUUCAGUUGGGUUGGCGAGCCUGGCGGCUAGUAUGCCGAACUGAACUUGCACGCGUAGAAAUGGUAGUCGGUGCUUUUCCAAUAGCCAAACUCGGCUCUUUACUGUUGCGACAAAUAAGUAAACCAAUAGCAAAUGCUGUCAAAGAGCGCGCGAAGGCUAGCCCUUUUUUUCGCACUUACAUAUGUAUGCCACCAGCACAGUUCUACAAUUGGUGCGAGGUGAAAGCAAAGAUGUGGAUAAUGAACCUGGGUAAACCUGUGAACAUUCCAAGCCUGAAUGAAGCAAUGGCCAUAGAGCUAGGUGCCAACCUGGUGGGAGAAGGAAUUAUAUUUGGAGUUGCUGCUGGAGUACUGUACAUAGAGUAUAAUAGACAGACGAGGAAGGAAACUGCAAAGGAACAGGCUCGUAAAGAGGAGCUUGAUACACUUCACUAUACAAUACAGGAACUCUACUUUACUACUGAGCGUCAGGAUGCACAGAUACGUGAACUGACACGCAUGAUUGUGGACUUGGAAUGUGAAGUAAGCCACAAAUCUUGGCUUGGACGGAUUAAGCAUCCAAAGCAUGCGCAUCACCCUGCUCCGGAUACUGAGAUACAUAUAGUACCUGACCGACAUCAUCAUAGUAAUGAGACCAACCAUGCAAGUUCAGGAAAAAUGGCAGAGAAAGACAAUGAAAGUGAAACCAGUUUUGUUAUGCGUGCACUUGAAAUGCUUCGUGCUGAUAUGGAAGGUCGUCGAUAGUGUAUAAAUCUUUUAUGUUAAACAUGCCAUGAAUGGCAGAUGUAGCAAAUAUGUAAAAAGAGAAGACUGUCUUUUGACAACUGUUGCAUCAUUCAUAUGAAAUUAUUUAAGAAGUAAAUGGGAUGCUGCUGUAUUUGGCCAGUUGUUCCAUAAAUAACAAUUUUCUGUAUAGUGAGAAUUAAGAGAAGCAAUGUUGUGUUUGCUGCACAUUCACAGUGCAAUACGUUGUAGUAAUCUGCCGUACGGUGCCUUCUUUAAGUUGACAUUUUAUGUAAUAGGCAAACAAGUGUGGGAAUAAGUCUUCUUAGACAUUUACACUAAAACAUAAACAAGCUUCAAUUAAUAUUUGAUGUCCCACAUACCUGAUUUAUUCAUUCUUUUGGGGGUACUGUAAAUAUUGCACUCAUAGCUGGCAGUGAGGGAUCAAAUUAGUUUUGCAUGUUUAUAUUGAUUAGGAGGGAGUUUUGAUCUAAAUUGGUGUGUGGCUUGUUACCUAUGUGAUAAGGAAGGUCCGGUGGGAAUGGAUACCAUAUGUAGUUCUUGUGCAGUGAGAGAGGAAAAAAAAAUUAAAAAUCAAUGUGGUUAAAAGACUGUUAUGCACCAAUAGAGACCAGAACUCUCCUCCGUCUGCUGCAAAAUGCCAGAUCACACACCAGAGUCCAGAUUUGCAAUUCCAUCACACACAAAACAUGAAAAUGCAUUCUGGAUAAAUUUACCUAUGUAAUUUGUAGAGGUUGAAAAGGAAGUAGUGUCAGGAUCCGUUAAGUGUCCGAGCCAAUAAUGAAGCCUGCAACAUUGUUUGUGAAAUAAAAUCCCCAUAAACGUCAUCUACUGAUAUGAGCAAAACCUGUCUUUAGUGUUUUUGGGUGGUAUGUGGCUGCAAGGACAGAGAGAAACAGUUCCAAUUUAUGGAGAUAUAGCUUGGUCCAAAAGGAGAGCAGCUGGUAUCUGCUAGUCCCAGAAGAGCAGGGCUGACACUGACAGAGUGCCAGGUAAUUCCUUUUUUAUAUUGAGUUAUUUAAGAUCUGUUACUGUUGUAUGAUGUCUAAAGUAAUUUUGUUCACUACACAAAAAUACUGAUCAGAAAGAAGCACACAAGUGGGCAUACAUUACUGUCAUUUAUUUUUUUCGAAUUUUUCUAGCAGUUUGGAUAAAUAUUGUGAACUAUGUAUCUUUUGCACUGUAAUGUUGAAAGUGCUGUUCUGUUUUAUUUUAGUUCAUCUAUGUUCUCAUUUUCCAUUUCUUGUUUCUUUUGAUAUUAAAAUUUAAGGAAGUGGAAAAAAAUGGCAGUUUGUGCUAAGUGUUGUGAAGUUACAGCUUUUCCUUCUCCAACAUUUGUCGUUAGAUCAAUUAUAGGACCUGGAGUUAGUGACAUAGUUUAUUAUAUUGUUGACUUUGUCAUGCAAUGAAAUUCAGUUAAUUCUACGAUUUACAUGUAUGAAAAAGAAACUUCCAUUUUAUUCUUCAAAUGGCAAAAUUCUCAUUUGUUUGAAGCACUUUACUAAAUAAAUGUUAUUGAUAGAUUGGGUAACAAACUGUUCGUAUGAUCAGUAUGCAUUAAAAAUUAAAGCAAUCAGUAUUGUAAUUUUUAUGUUUGUAAUGAAUACAUUUCUCAAUGGAUUUCCCUAUGUUAACAGAUGAAAUCAAACAAAAAAAAAGUGAACAAUCUUGAAAUCAGUGAACUUUUUAUUUUUACAAUUUAUUUAAUUCAUGCUAUGAUAAGUUGAUUGGUUUCAUAUGUAGCA